AUGGACCCCAUCCCUACAGCCAACCAUCCACUUCCCUCCCUUGCCUCCCUGCAACUCCAAUAUCUGGGCAAGAAGUUGGAAGACCUAUCUACGCCUGCUGUGGUUCUGGACCGCGCGGUGGUGAAGAAGAAUUGCGAUGCUAUGCUCGAUGUGUGCGAGAAACUGGGGGUCGGGUUCAGAGCGCAUGUUAAGAGUCAUAAGACGCUCGAAUUGUCGAAAUUGCAGGUUGGAACCGGAGAUGGCGAAGCGAAUUUCAUCGUCUCUACCCUGACUGAAGCAGAGAAUCUUUUGCCGUUCUUGCUGGAAUGCCAGAGUAAUGGACGAGAAAGCAGUGUCCUCUACGGCGUGCCGCCAGCGCAACACGCUAUCCCACGCCUCCUCCACCUCUCCUCAAAACUCACCCCAGGAAGCGUGAACAUCCUGAUUGACAACAUCGACGCUUUCAACAAGAUGAGUAAAGCGCUCGUCGAAGGUCAAAUUGGCGUCUUCAUCAAGAUUGAUACAGGCUACAAACGUGCUGGCAUCAAGAUCUCAUCGUCAAAAUUCCCAGGCCUGGUGAGAAAAGUAGUAGGAACCGUCGGUGAGGCGUUCCGAGGCUUUUACUCGCACUACGGGCACUCGUACGCUGGCAGCUCGGAAAAGGACGCCGCACACGGCCUAAUCUCUGAAUUGGAGGGGCUCGAAGAAGCCGCAGCCGAGGUUGAUGAGGUUUACUUGCGGCUUCUUAAGCGCAAAAUGGUAUUGACUGUUGGCGCUACCCCAACUGCGACCGCCGCGCAAAACAUGCUCUCGGGUUCGCCAAGGGCCGCAGAGUUCAAGACGUUAUUGAACCGCCUGAAAGAGACGUACGCUGUGGAGCUGCAUGCGGGCGUGUAUCCACUGCUCGACAUGCAGCAAGUAGCAACGCACGCGCGCCCAGUUGCCGGAAGAGCGUCGUUGACGAAAGAGAGCGUCGGGAUCAAGGUCUUGCUCGAAAUCUCUUCCAUUUAUGAUGAGCGAGGAAAGCCAGAGGCGCUCGCUUCAGCCGGAUCCUUGGCCUUGGGUAGGGAGCCAUGCAAGAGCUAUACGGGGUGGGGUAUCGUAACGGGAGAACUGGGCAACAAAGGUAAUGUUGUAUAUGAUGAGCGAGGAGACAAAACUGGCUGGAUCGUCGGGAGGAUAAGCCAAGAGCAUGGAAUCCUGACAUGGGAGGGCCCGGAAGACCAGAUGAGGCCGUUAGAGAUAGGGUCCAAGGUCCUAGUAUGGCCGAACCAUGCUUGCGUUGCUGGUGCUGGGUUUGGAUGGUAUCUGAUCGUUGAUUCGGAAAAGGAUCGCCAUACUGUUGUGGAUGUCUGGGUCCGGUGGCGCGGAUGGUAA